CAGCUGAAACUGGAACUCCGUUCCUUGAAUCACUGCCGCCAGCGACAAUGGAUACAAAGUACCAAGAAAUAUUCCUAAAAAUGUUCAAUCGAUCUCCAAUUAUUCAUGCUGAUAAAGUUAAAGCUCCGACUCUACUUCUUUUGGGAUCAAAGGAUCAUCGAGUGCCAUACUAUCAGGGAAAACUUUGGUAUACUCGUCUUCAAGCCAACAAAGUAAAAUCCAAGAUGCUCGUUUAUGAGGACAAUCACUCUCUAAUGACUGAUCCAGUGGAAAUGGACCACAUUAUCAACGGAGCACUCUGGUUUAUAGAAAACAAUUCUCCUCUAAUUCACGCAGAAUCGGAAGAAGCUGCUGUGACUCCUCCCGAAGGAGAGCAGCAGGAAGGACAGGUCGAGGAAAAUCCAUUAGAGAAAGUUGAAAAGAAGGAAGAAAAGGUAGAGAAGAAAGAGGAGAAAAAGGAAGUAAAGGUAGAGAAGAAAGAGGAGAAAAAGGAAGAAAAAAAGGAGGAAAAAAAGCCCGAAAAAGUACAGAAGAAAUUGGCAAAAAAAUAGACAAAUUCAUUUUAUUUUAUCAUAAUUUCAUGCGUACAUUAAAAUACAUACGAUGGACUAUUUUUAUCGUCAACAUCCUUUAUACGGAAUAUACACACUUUUCCUUUAAGUGAGGAAAGGAUGUAAAAACU